AGAAGCACAGCAAACUCGAUCACAAAGCAAAAUCGCUGAAGUAAAGGGUUUAUUCUGACUCGUCAGAUGUUUGGAUACAUGAAGAGUGAUCUGUUAUAUUCAGAAAAAUAACAUUGUUUUACGUACAGGGUGCGUUCGUUUAGCCGCUGUUUCUGUGUGGUGUGUUGUUUGUAACAAUCAUGAGUGCUAAAGUGACUAUCCAGUAAUUACUCAGUGCUGAACCACUGCACUGCAGGACAGACAGAAACAUGGGAUCUAAAGGAAAGAAAAAGAUGGUCCUUCCAACCAGACCUGAUCCACCAACAGUCCAGCAGAUCAUCGAGGAUAUAAACAAAUCCGAUCCCAGUGAUCCAGUCUUCAGUAUUUUACACAACUCCAAUAAAGAUUUGAAUGAAACAUCUGAAAAGUAUGAAGUGGAGGCCCGGUACAUGCAGAGUCGUCGCUAUUUGGAGCUGAACGAGAGGCUACAGCAGGCUCGGACUGAUCUAAUACGGAGAAGAGAAGAGCUUAGAAUGGUGGGAGAGACUUUAGAACAGUGUGUGGCAGAAGUAAAGGACAGAGCGGUCUGACUGUUCACCAAACAUUUGGGGAAAGUACUUCUUGGUAUCUGCUUACCAACUUAAAAUGCCUCUCUAAGGAUUUAAUUGUGGAGAUGUUGAUUGAAAUUUCCAAAAUUUUGAACUAGUUAAACGAUAUAUGUACAAUUAAGAACUUUAAAUGGCAUUUUAUUUUAUAUUGAUGGCAUUAGUUUCUCAGACUGGUGGCUGUAAUAAAAUAUAUAGCACUGUCGCCUCACAGCAAGAAGAUCCUGUGUUCGAUUCUCGGGUGGAGCUCGGUGUCUGCGUAGGUUUCCACCCACAGUCAAAAGACAUUCAGAUGUGAUGAAUUGGAGAUACAAAAUUGUCCAUGACUGUGUUUGACAUCUUGUGUAACCGUUAAUUAACUGUCCUGUCAUAAAUGUAACCAAAGUGUAUAAAACAUGACGUUAAAAUCCUAAAAAAUUUAUAAUAAAAUAUAUACACAUCUCUAUAUAAAAAAUUUUCCCGUUUGUAUGGUUUUGUUUAAAUAUAGAAAACAUUGUUUAGUUCAUUUGGUUGCAUCUGAUGUUAGCGGUUUAAGGUUCUGCUGAAAAUUUCUGAAUAAAUAUAUGUGGAAUUGUUAUUGAUUAAGUGGUUGU